UUUCCUCCACCACAAACAAAUAUUAGGUCAGUUGAAAAGAUCCAGGGAGGAAGAGGGGGUUAACUAAAAAGCCUCAUUUACCAGCAUCCAGCUAUGACUUCCAGUAAAAUAGAGAUGCCUGGAGAAGUGAAGACAGACCCUGCAGCUCUGAUGGCCUCUUUACAUCUUCUGCCUUCACCCACCACAAACCUAGAGGUCAAGCACACCAAGAUUUUUAUUAACAAUGAAUGGCAGAGUUCAGAAAGUGGAAAGACAUUUCCGGUCUACAAUCCAGCUACUGGAGAUCAGAUAUGUGAAGUUCAAGAAGCUGAGAAGGCUGAUGUGGACAAAGCAGUAAGAGCUGCACGCUUGGCCUUUUCCUGGGGUUCUGUAUGGAGGAGAAUGGAUGCAUCAGAAAGGGGGAGACUCUUGGAUAAACUGGCUGAUUUGGUCGAAAGAGAAAGAGCUAUUCUUGCCACACUUGAAUCCCAAAAUAGCGGAAAGCCCUUUCUACAGUCUUUUUAUGUGGAUCUCCAAGGCGUGAUUAAAACACUCCGAUACUAUGCUGGCUGGGCAGACAAAAUACAUGGCAUGACCAUACCAGCAGAUGGGGAUUACUUAACAUUUACAAGACAUGAACCUAUUGGGGUGUGUGGACAGAUUACCCCGUGGAACUUUCCUCUUCUGAUGUUCGCAUGGAAGGUUGCACCAGCUCUGUGCUGCGGGAACACUGUGGUGAUCAAACCAGCCGAACAGACGCCUCUCACUGCACUUUACAUGGGAGCCCUUAUCAAGGAGGCUGGGUUUCCACCAGGAGUUGUUAAUAUUUUGCCAGGAUAUGGUCCAACUGCAGGCGCAGCAAUAACUUCUCACCCUGGCAUAGAUAAAGUUGCAUUCACUGGCUCUAUUGAGGUUGGAAAGCUGAUUCAAGAAGCUGCUGGGAAAAGCAACCUUAAAAGAGUGACUCUUGAAUUGGGCGGGAAAAGUCCAAACAUUAUAUUUGCAGAUUCAGAUUUGGACUAUGCUGUGGAACAGGCACAUCAAGGAGUCUUCUUCAACCAAGGACAGUGUUGUACUGCAGGCUCACGAACAUUUGUGGAAGACUCUAUUUAUGAUGAGUUUGUUCGGAGGAGUGUUGAACGGGCAAAAAGGAGAAUAGUUGGAAGUCCUUUUGAUCCAACUACAGAACAAGGCCCACAGACUGACAAAACCCAGUAUAAUAAAAUCCUGGAUAUGAUUCAGAGUGGUAUUGCUGAAGGUGCCAAACUGGAAUGUGGUGGCAAACCUCUGGGAAGAAAGGGAUUCUUCAUUGAGCCAACAGUCUUUUCUAAUGUCACAGAUGACAUGAGGAUUGCAAAGGAGGAGAUAUUUGGACCAGUACAACAGAUAUUAAGGUUUAAAACCAUGGAAGAAGUUAUAGAGCGAGCCAACAAUUCUGACUAUGGGCUAGUUGCAGCUGUAUUUACAAAUGAUAUCAACAAGGCACUCACAGUAUCAUCAGCAAUGCAAGCUGGAACUGUAUGGAUAAACUGCUACAAUGCCUUAAAUGCCCAAAGUCCAUUUGGAGGAUACAAAAUGUCUGGAAAUGGGAGGGAAAUGGGAGAGUAUGGACUACGGGAAUACACAGAAGCCAAAACUGUGACCAUAAAGAUCCCUCAGAAGAAUUCCUAAGAAUUAAUGAGAAUAAGCAACAUAGAAAUCUGCAAAUGAUUAUUGCUUGAAAGCAUUUAAGUGUUGGCAAAUCUCAACCUCCAUUUUAGCCAAUACCAUUGAAUUGUUAAGAUGUACUUGGACUGAGCUCUUUUGUUGGAUGUCUGGUUGGCUGCCACCUCUGUAAAAUGUAUUUAGCCCACUACUCAGGACUAAGCAAUUUCUGUAGCUACCAACACAACAGCCUGGAACGAAUGAAUAGUCUUAGGUUUUCAUAACUAUUUUAUAAAUCAUGAAAUUAAGGAUUAUAAUGCUUUGGAUUACACCUAGUAGAUUAUAACGGUGUCUGCCAAUAUUUAAUGAUUAACAGAAUACACUUUGACGUAUUCAUUAAGGUAAUGUAAGGUUUCUAGCUCUUCUGACUCGUAUGGACAUAUAAGGCUCAUUUUCUUUAAAUCUAAAACUCCCAGAUUUUACUUUUCUGAAAAAAAGAAUUCCCCGUUAUUAUUGAAAAAUGCCAAAUAAUCUAUUCCUUUUAUAACGGGGCUCCAUAAUUUCUUGUGAUAGAAGCAAAGAAAUUAAACUGUAUUUUAAUUGAAAGGUUUUAUUACUGAUGAUGGUCCUUAAGAUGACAAGUCGUGGGAGGGAAAGAGUUGUUUUUCUUCAAGUAGUUCCUGUUCUCAAUCACCAUGAAUGCUGUAAAUUCAGCUUCACCAUCCUAAAUGAUAUAUUAAAGCUUCCAUUACUGGCUUUAUUGCUCAAUAAAAUGGAUGCUAGAUAAAUCAAGCAGAUGUUUCAAUUUCAUUUCUUUUUGGAAAUUUUAAAUGUUUACAUUGAAACGACUUGUAAAAUCUGGAAGAGUUCUUGCCUUUUACGCAUAUCCAUUUUGUAGCUUUGUAGGAGGUCCUAAACCUAGAAUAUAUUUACAUAUGAAAUAUUAUUUUAAUGCCUUCCUUUUAUUCAGUUUUUUUUUAGGUUUGUGGGCUAAAGAUUUAGCUUCUAUUUAAUUUUAAAUUAGAGCAAGGUAAAGCUUAUUUGCCAUUGCUGAUUAUGCGGUAUCUAUUGCCUGCUUACAUACUGCAUGUAUGUCUGUAUAUAUAUCUAUAUACGUAUAUGUAAUCUGUUUCACAUUACUGUGAAACUUGUCUCUAUCCAGCAAUGUAGUAGCAUGCUUUGUGGUUGCUAUGACCUUUGUUUCUAAAAAGAAGUAUGUCUAGAUAAAGACCAAAAGUCACGUAGUCCAGAAACCUUUAUUGCUCAUUUAGAUGUAUGCUAGAUUCUUGUAGACAAGAUUGGAUAGAUUCAUUAUUUUGUUGGCCUUUUCCUGUUUUUUUCUGUAAUCCCAUUUUGCGAUCCACUUAGAUGUAUGAGCCCUAGAUUUUUCUUUCCCUAUGACAAAGUAUACAAGUGAUUGUAUACAACAAAGCUGGCCAUACUUUACGGUUUUCAGAUGACCGGUUUCUGAAUGCCUUGUCAUUCAUGGUUGGUCCUUGAAAGUUGUCAUCCAAGACAACGUUCAAGGAUCUAUUCCAUGGUCUGGCCUGGUCUUCUGGGAUGCACAACUGUUUCGCAUGAAUGACUUCAACUACAGCACCCAACAACAACAAAAAAUCCAACACAGAAGAUCAACUUUUCCAUGGUUAUCUGCUAUCAGUUGGAAUUUGUCAAGCUCAUUUGUGUAACAAAAAGGAGCAGACGGUAAACAAAAGAUGGUAGCUCUACAUUUAAGCAUAUAUUUGAAGGUGUGUGUUCAUAAAUAUGCAAAAAGUACAUUCUAAUGCAUACCCUUGGGAGAUUUAUAUAUAUUUUUUUUCAUUUGAUAAAUUAGCUCCUUUUCCCAUACAACUUUACUAUAGUACUUUGGUAGUCCUAAUGGCCUCCACAAUUUUAACUGGGAAUAGGUGAAUAUUUUAAUUUUAAUUAAUGAUCCUUCCUGCUGUAAUGAAAUGUAUAACUGACCAGUGUCACAGAGACUGAUAUUUAUAGAAGGUUUGUUUUAAUGUACGGAGGAAGUAAAAGACAUGAAUGUGUAUAUGAAAGCCACAGAAAGGCUUAAUGAUGUUUCAAGUUAAUAUUAAUAACAACCACACAGCAUUGGUGUGUAGCUCAAAAUAUCAACUUGCAUGUUGUAGGAAUCAUGUACAUAGUGCUGUUUGAAAUGUAAAGGAAUUGAAUAUUUUCUUUUUUGUUUUAUUUUUUUGUUUCCACUAAAAUUUAACAAAAAU